ACACAAAUAAUUCAAAAUGUUAUUGGGAAAAGAGCAGAUGGAUUAGUUUACUAGUAGAAGAGCCGCCACGUUCGUGCACAGAAACGGCGUCGUUGGAAUACCUACAUAACCAGGAGCGACGAGCCCUAGGAAAGGGGAAGACAAUAACAAUGGCGUUGUUCUCUGCAGCAACUUCAACUGCAACCGUUCUUCCUCGAAACCUCGCAUUCGCUUCUUCCCUCUCUCGCUCUCUUCUCCGCUCUCCGCGCUUCCUCUCAUUCCCCACUGCUCCGCGCAACCGCGCCUCUGUCUCAAUCCAAGCCCCACGCGCCCAAGCCGCCGCCUCUUCCUCCGCCUCCUUCCACGGCCUCUGCUACGUCGUCGGCGACAACAUCGACACCGACCAGAUCAUCCCCGCCGAGUACCUCACCCUCGUCCCCUCCAAGCCCGACGAGUACGAGAAGCUCGGAUCCUACGCCCUCAUCGGCCUCCCCGCCUCCUACGCCACGCGCUUCAUCGACGCCGGCGAGACCAAGACCAAGUACUCCAUCGUCAUCGCCGGCGACAACUUCGGCUGCGGCUCCUCCCGCGAGCACGCGCCCGUCGCGCUUGGCGCCGCCGGGGUCUCCGCCGUCGUGGCGGAGUCCUACGCGCGCAUCUUCUUCCGGAACUCCGUCGCCACCGGCGAGGUGUACCCGCUCGAGUCGGAGAGACGCAUCUGCGAGGAGUGCCACACCGGCGACGUCGUCACGAUCGAGCUCGGGGAGAGCCGCUUGAUAAACCACACCACCGGGAAGGAGUACCAAUUGAAGCCGAUCGGCGACGCCGGUCCGGUCAUCGAGGCCGGUGGCAUCUUUGCCUAUGCGAGGAAAACCGGCAUGAUUCCCUCUCGUUGAGAUAGAUAUUGGCAUGGCAGUAGAUAUUUGGAGAAGCCGGAAACAUUCAUGGACUUGUUGGAAUUGUGUCACUCUCUUUUGCAGCAACUCGCAACUACCCAAAUAUUUGAGUAUUCCACAGAUAGACUACUGCAUUGUCUUUCUAAGAUGAAAGUUAUUUGGUUGAAAGAUAGUACUGUAAAAUUUGACGUUAGAAUUAUUUAUAUUUUGGAAAUUUGAAGUUUUUCUUGGUGUCAAAGCUCCCAUUAGAACAUUUGAACCUUUGGAUGCUUGUAGCAUUAGCAGGAUCUCUAGUGUAUUCUCGUUUGUACUCCUUUGCAAGUUUUUUCAAUAAUAUAAAAACAGUUGGAAUAAUAUUUUAAUUUGCAAAA